AUGAAAUUAGCGUCUCGGCGGAGCCGAAGCUACUCGGUGGGUCCGGUCAAAACAUUAACAUUUAUGACCGUUAAAUUAUCAUUCUGCGUGAUUUUACGGACGUUCACCGUGGCGCCUCAUGGCGAGGAGCUGUCCGAGCACGUGAAAGAAAGGAUCGUUUCUCUCCACAGAGAUGGCCUGGGCUACAAGAGGAUCGCCAGCACCCUGAACCUGAGCUGCAGCACCGUGGCCAAGACCGUGCAGCGCUUCAACCGGACCGGCUCCACCCACAGCAGCCGCCGCCGCGGGCGACCCAAGAGCAGCCUGAUGUCCGUGUUCAUCCAGACGCGCGGUGAAGCCGGCGGCGGCGUGGCGGCCCACCUCGAGUGCCCCGUGUGCGGCCACUUCUCCACGAGCCACGCCCACCAGCUGACGCACAUGGCGAGCUUGCACCCGGCCCGCCUGGACGCCGUGACGGUGGGUCGCCUAGGCAACAUCGUGACCUAUCAGAGCACGGCGCGGCUCUUCCACUGCUCGGACUGCUUCCACACGUGCCGGGACUUCACCAAGCUGUACACACACAUCAUCUCCAAACACUGUGUUGACGAAAGAGAGGAGGAGAGGAAGAGUGGAGCUGAGGAGGAAGAGGAGGAAGAAGAGAAGGAUGCUCUGAGAGGAAAGCAAAGGGAAGAAGAAGGAGGAGGGAAAGAUGGGCUAAAGAGAAAGCCAAGUAGUGAGGAAGGAGGAGAAGAAGGAGGGACAGAUAAGGUAAAAAGAAAGCCAAGUAGUGAGGAAGAGGAGGAGGAAGGAGGGAAAGAGGCUCCAGAAAGAAAGCAAAGUGAAGAAGAACAAGGAUGGAUAGAUAAGCAAAAGAGAAAGCCAAGUAGUGAGGAAGAGAAGGAAGAGGAGGGAGGAGGGAAGGAUGCUCCAAGAGGAAAGCAAAGUAAAGACGAAGGAGGGGAAGAUAAGCCAAAAAGAAAGCCAAGUGAGGAAGAGGAGGAAGGAGAAGAAGGAGGGACAAAUAAGCUAAAAAGAAAGCCAAGUAGUGAGGAAGAGGAGGAAGGAGAAGAAGGAGGGAAAGAGGCUCUAAAAAGAAAGCAAAGGGAGGAAGAAGAAGGAGAAACAGAUAAGCUAAAGAGAAAGCGAAACGAGGUUGCCGUGGCGACGGGCGUCUCCGGGUACCACUGUCUGAUCUGCGGCUGGAGGACGAAGCUCAAGUCCCUCGUGGUCAUCCACGUGGCGCGCAAGCACGACAUCCCCAAGAAGCUCGCCGUGCAGGCCGUGGGCGCCGGGGCAACCGCGCCCAGGAACGCCACGGCAACGGCGACGGCGACGGCGGCUGCCACGGCGACGGAGGACGAGGAGGUCGUGGUGGACGGGCUGAGUGGAGAGAUGCUGAAGGAGGAGAUGGAGGCCACCGCCAGAGUGGUUCGCUUCACACACAACCGCUUCAUGUGUCUCCUCUGUGGCUGGAAGACCAAGCUCAAAGGUAACUGUCCCCAAAAACACCAUCAGGUCACAGUCCCCAAAAACACCUUCAUCAGUGAUGAUGCCCCCGGAGACAUCAACAUGCAGAAGUUACUUGGUGCUCUGUUGGACGCGCCAGGCUUUGGGACUCGCUGCAUGGAAGGACAUCCCAUCCCAGAGGCUCCGUGUACGAUGGGCGAUGACGGCUGGAGAACUCCCGAGGUCCCUGAAAGCAUCACGCAGCUGUUCAGCUCGUCCAACUGGACGAUGGACGACCCGUCUCCGGCGUGCGUCUGCAGCUGCGACGGCAACAAGAAGAUGCUCCCGGACUGUCCCGCUGGAGCUGGGGGGCUGCCGCCACCAGAGAUGAAGCUGAGCGCCACCGACUCUCUUCAGAACCUGACGGGGAGAAACAUCUCCGACUACCUGGUGAAAACAUACGCCGACAUCAUCGGCAAAAGUUUGAAGAACAAAGUUUGGGUGAAUGAAUUCAGGUACGGAGGAUUCUCAUUGGGCGCCAGGAGCACUCAAGUCCUCCCACCGGCCAAUGAGGUCGACGACGCCAUUGAGCGAAUCAGAAAGAUCUUCGAGUUACAAAAGGGCGCUGCUGCAGAUCGAUUCCUCGACAAUUUGUCCGGUUUCAUUAACGGUUUGGACACGAAGAACAACGUCAAGAUCUGGUUCAACAACAAAGGCUGGCACAGCAUCGGCGCCUUCAUCAACGUGAUGAACAACGGCAUCCUGCGGGCCAACCUGCCGCCAGGCCGGGACGCCAGUCACUACGGCAUCAGAGCCUUCAACCAUCCUCUGAACCUCACCAAGGAGCAGCUGUCACAGGUCGCUCUGGUAACGACCUCCGUGGAUGUCCUGGUGUCCAUCUGUGUGAUCUUCGCCAUGUCCUUCGUCCCUGCUAGCUUCGUGGUCUUCCUCAUCCAAGAGCGAGUCAGCAAAGCCAAACACAUGCAGUUCAUCAGCGGCGUGCAGCCGCUGCUCUACUGGGUGGCCAACUUCAUCUGGGACAUGUGUAACUACGUCGUCCCAGCAACGCUGGUCAUCAUCAUCUUCAUCAGUUUCCAACAGAAAGCCUAUGUCUCUUCCACCAACCUACCAGUGCUCGCGCUGCUGCUGCUUCUAUACGGCUGGUCCAUCACUCCUCUGAUGUACCCGGCAUCGUUCUUCUUUAAGAUCCCGAGCACGGCGUACGUCGUCCUCACCAGCGUCAACAUCCUGAUCGGCAUCAACGGGAGCAUCUCCACCUUCGUCAUGGAGCUGUUUGGGAACAAUGAGAUCGGAGGAAUCAACGACAUCCUGAAGAACGUCCUGCUCAUCUUCCCUCACUUCUGUCUCGGCCGAGGACUCAUCGACAUGGUGAAGAACCAGGCCAUGGCCGACGCCCUCGAGAGAUUUGGUGAGAACCGGUUCCGCUCUCCUCUGGAGUGGGACAUGGUGGGGAAGAACCUGUUCGCCAUGGCUGUGGAGGGAGUGGUCUUCUUCAUCAUCACCAUCCUCAUCCAGUACAGAUUCUUCAUCAAACCCAGGCCGGUCAGUACACUCACCAAACUGGGCCCUCUGGGAGAAGAGGAUGAGGACGUGGCCCGAGAGAGACAGAGGAUUGUCCACGGCCUCGGACACGGAGACAUCCUGGAGCUGAGACAGCUCACCAAGGUGUUUAAGAGGAAACAGAAGCCAGCAGUGGACCGACUGUGUGUGGGGAUUCCUCCUGGAGAGUGUUUCGGGCUGCUGGGUGUGAACGGAGCAGGGAAGACGACAACCUUUAAGAUGCUGACAGGAGACACCGUGGUGACCAGCGGGGAGGCCUUCCUGGCCGGGAAGAGCAUCCUGAGGGAGAUAGAUGUGGUCCAUCAGAACAUGGGUUACUGUCCUCAGUUUGACUCGAUCAACGAGCUGCUGACAGGACGAGAACAUCUGGAGCUGUACGCCGUGCUGAGAGGCGUCCCCGAGAAGGAAGUGUGCGACGUGGCUGAGUGGGGGAUCAGGAAGCUGGGUCUGCUGAAGUAUUCUGACAAAGCAGCAGGAAGCUACAGCGGAGGAAACAUGAGGAAGCUGUCCACCGCCAUGGCGCUGAUCGGAGCGCCGCCGGUCGUCUUCCUGGACGAGCCAACCACGGGCAUGGACCCUAAAGCUCGCCGUGCUCUCUGGAACUGCAUCCACAGCAUCAUCAAGGAGGGACGAUCUGUGGUCCUCACCUCACACAGUAUGGAGGAGUGUGAGGCUCUGUGUACCAGGAUGGCCAUCAUGGUGAACGGCAGGUUCAGAUGUCUCGGCAGUGUCCAACACCUGAAGAACAGGUUCGGGGACGGCUACACCAUCAUCCUGCGGGUGGGGGGGCCGGACGCCGACCUGCUCCCCGUCAUGAAGUUCAUCGAGAGCGAGCUGAGCGGCAGCACGCUGAAGGAGAAGCACCGCAACAUGCUGCAGUACCAGCUGCCCUCGUCUCUCACCUCGCUCACACACAUCUUCAACAUCCUGGCCCAAAACAAAGACACGCUGAGGAUCGAAGACUACUCCGUCACCCAGACUACGCUGGACCAGGUGUUUGUGAACUUUGCGAAGGACCAGAGUGACGACUAUCACUCCAAAGACAACUCGGUGAGACGGCGAGACGUGGCCAUCGAGGUCGGUGUGCUGAGCGGUAACCACGGAGACGCUGGCGGCGCCACGGCGCUGGGGGAGAGCGUCAUGUGACACCGCUGUCAUGUCACAGCUGAGUCCUGUGGGCGGAGCUACCUGCCGCCUCGUGCCAGUCAAUGCAAGCGUGCUCCUGGGGCGCCGCCGAGCGUUUAAAGACACUUGAACAGUCAGACUUCCUGCUGACGCCUUCUUCUUCUUCUUCUUCUGCUGCUUCUUCUUCUUCUUCUUCUGCUGCUGCUUCUUCUUCUGCUUCUUCUGCUUCUGCUGCUGCUGCUUCUUCUUCAUCUUCUUCUUCUGUGAUUGACCCGCUGCCUGUAAUGAACCCGCCCGUCAGCGCUGGAAUGUAACUAAGUACAUUUACUCCAGUACUGUACACACACACACACACACACACACACACACACACACACAGAGACACAGAUACACACAGACAUAUCCACACACACACAGAAACCGGUGUAAUGUAACUAAGUACAUUUAGUACAUUUACUACCAGUACUGUACUUCAGUACCAAAUGUUGAGGUACUUGUACUUUACUUCUUUUCUCUUCAUGCCACUUUCUACUUCUACUCCGCUACAUUUCAGAGAGAGAUAUUGGACUUUUUCCUGUAACAGAGUAUUAUUACUACAGUUCCUGGAGUAAUCAGAUUACUUCCUCCAGCGCUGGCGCCCGGGUCUGUUUGUUCCGAUCAGCGAUGAAGAAUCCGAAUCAUUUCAAACGGCCGACGACUCGACUGCACAAAGAAAAUCACGUUUGAUUCCGUUUUUAUUGUCCGAGUUGUAUUUAUAUGUGUAGCGUAUUUUAUUUUGUCGGGGCAUUCCUAUUUGCAGUUUCCUGUUUCCUGUAGUGUUUUAACAGCCAACCAAUCAAAGAGCUGCACAAAGAAAAUAAAGAUGAUGAUUUUGUAGGUUUUUUGUAAGAAAAGAUGCUGAAAAAGAGUGAUUUGUUGUGUUCGAUACCUCGGAAGCUCACUACAGUAUUGAACAGCUGAUCAGCUGAUCGAUGAGUCAUCACACGUGUCAUCGGUCUCUGAUCGCUGUUACCCUCCUUCAAAAUAAAAGAAACAAAUCCACUGAG